CUCAAGCUUCUUCCUUCCUCAGCCUCUCUUUUUCUCUGAACAAAGAUUUGUAUUUGUUUUUGUUGUCAUGGCGCCGGCAGUUAAAACGGCGGUGGUCAAAACCAACGAAGGUAACGGAGUCCGUUACAGAGGAGUGAGGAAGAGGCAAUGGGGACGUUACGCAGCCGAGAUCAGAGAUCCUUUCAAGAAGUCUCGGGUCUGGCUUGGUACUUACGACACUCCUGAAGAUGCGGCUCGUGCCUACGACAAACGUGCCAUUGAGUUUCGUGGUGCCAAAGCCAAAACCAAUUUCACUUAUUACAACACCACCAACGAGACCCUCAGCUUGAGCCAGAGCCAUAGCACCGUUGAGUCAUCCGUUCAUGGUCUCAACAACAACAACCUCGGAUCUGACGCCAUCAGUUCAAGAUUCCCUUUCCCUAAGAUCCAGGUCAAGUCUGGGAUGAUGGUGUUUGAUGACAGGAGUGAAUCUGAAUCGUCCUCUGUCGUGAUGGAUCGUAGCCCACAAGGAGGAGGACGAGGACGUGUGGUCUUGGACUUGGAUCUUAACUUCCCUCCUCCACCUGAGAACUAAUCAUUUAUAUUAUUGGGGAUUAAUCAUUAAUAAUUUAGAAUAAUUAAUUUUUAAUGUUUUCUUGAUUAAGUAUUAUUUGAUCAUCAUCAAGUAGAAGUGGUUUCUACCAAAAAAAACUAAUCAAGUAGAAGUGGUGCCAAUUGUUUUUUCUUU